AUGUGGUUCCAGGCAAAGACACUAGAAUUUGCUUUGGCCGAGUUCAAGGAGAAUCCAACUGAUGCAGAUGUUCAGAACAGAUUCUUGUCUCUUUUGAGGCAGAACUUUCAACGACUUCUUCAUCCAAUGGAGAAUCAGGUAGGUUUUGUUGAGCUUUAUAGUAUUUCGAAGUUUAGAAUGAGCUGUGAAAAUUUAAUUUGAAACGAUUUAAGCCGGUCUCUUCGAAUCAACAAUUUGGACAAGAUAAGAUUGGCCAACCAGUCGAAGUUGGAAAUGGACAGAAGAUUGUUCUCACAGCAGAAAUCUAUCAGGAUGCCCUGUCAAUGCAGGAGCACUUCAAACUGGAUUUUGUAGUUGCGUUGGAUCUCAUUUUAUGUGGUAGGUCUUGAUUUUCUUUUUGGAUUUUAAGUAUCGAUGCGGGUAAUGAAGCUAAACCUCCAGCUUUAUAGAUAAAUAGGUGGCUAUGGACUGUAUUUUUGACAUUGUAUGCAAAAUCCUCGUUUAGAAAUACAGCAAGAAUCGAAAUUUUUUGGGUGUCUACUAAAAUAUUCUUGCUCUCAAAAAACACUUUAUUUUCAGGUGAAAGUCAGAAGAAACAAUACAAUGACAUUAGUCGUGGGCUUUGUGCUGUUCUCUGUUAUUACGACGCCCAUCGGAGUUUUUUGUGUACCACCAGAAGCAUUCUGACUUUAAUCGAAGACGGAGUUUGUCCAGAAUAUCUAAGUCCAGAGUUUCAGAAGUUUGUCAAUGACAUCUACAGCAACAACAACCUCUUUGACAACUGUUUGAGUAUGUGUUUUCUCUAUUUUUUUAAUUUUUAGAUACUUACCAUGACCAAAAUUAUGUAAAUUAUUUUCAGAAGCUUUUGAAAUCUUGGAAAAGCGAACAGAUUUUGAUAGGAUCUAUCAAUUCGGAUUCUUGAGGAUAGUCGACGAUAUUGAGGCCGAAAUCUACGAGGUUGUUUGUUUAUUAUCUCUGAAUUGUCCAGCUUCUCAACAGAAGAUUCGACUGCCAGCUUUGUUCAAAUCCGCCAAGCAAAUGGAUUUUGACCCCAAAGGACUGACCGAUAGCUUCAAAGCCGGGAUUCGGAAGAGUGUCAGACUGCCUGAGUUGACUGUUUGGACUGGGAUUACGUUGUUUGUCAGCCCGGCCAAGAUAAGAGCUGCAGGUGAGAUAUUUUUGAUUUUUUGUUUGAAAUUUUAGGUUGUCGCUUAUGAGGUUGUAAUUCAAAUCGUCGUUUAGACUCAUCCUGCGACGAGAUCUUCGAAAUUUUUGAGCAGAAUCUAAAAGAGCACUGGGCCCAUCUCCCUCUGAAGGCGUCGAUCCAAUUCUUCUACGCGAUCGCUGUCAAAUGCACGGUCGGAACGUUCUCCCGCCGAGAUCGGCUGAAUGCUCAAGAUCCCAUUGACCAGGCAAUUGACCAUCGAUGUCUUCAUUUCAUCCAACAACGCCUCUUCCAAGUCCCGAAUAUUUAUCGAUACAAUUCUUCGAUCGAAGUCAUCGAUAAAUGCAUCAAGGACUUUAUUGUUUAUUGCCCAGAACGAGUCCAACAGAUGUUCAGUAUCUGCGAGGAAGAGGUGAUAAUCAUGGAUGACCCGGAUCUCCACAAACUUCAUGAUCUUAAGGAUUUCCCCUUGAAUUUCAAGGUCUUGCUGAAUAUUAUUCGAGAAAUCUAUGAAGGCGACACGGACUUGGUCCGAAAUCUGAGUCAACAGUUCUUCGAUCCGAAUUUUGUAAGUGCUUUUUUUAUUUUGAUCAAAGAACUUGAAAUUUUUAUAUUAUCUUUGUUUUUUUUAGCAAUUAUCCAAUUUUAUUGUUUGUGGAGUCUCAAUCAGCGCCUCGACCCUUUACGUUGACUAUGUUUAUAUGCUAAAGGCCCUUUGCAAGUCAAGACAAGCGGCACAAUUCAUCUAUGAGCACUUUAACCAAGGCGGAGAGUCGUUAUUUGAUUGGGCCAACCUCUUCGGGACCCUCAGGCAAUACGUAAAUGAGUUCCAUAGAUCCUCAAUGGCUUACACAAAUCCUCAUAUAACUGCGCCCGCCUUUCAACCGUUGAGUCAUGCGAUCAGGAUGAAUUCCGAAGAGUUGAGUGGGAUGGUUUGCUGGAUUCGAUUGGCCACCAAGAUUGCCGAACUGGUAAGGAUAAUAUUUUGACGGAUUUUAAGGAAUUUUCUCUUAAUUUUGAGAAAUUUUUAAUGGAAAAAGAAAGAAUGAGGACUAAAAUAAUGUCUGGUGUCUUCAGGAACCGAGAUCUCGCCGUUAUUUCGUCCUGGACAACCAUUUUAACGCCGUUGAGACCAUAAUUCUGGGUGUGAUGACGCGCUUCCCGCUGAUCCUCAAAGGACAUCUCUACAAGUUCUUGGCUGUCCUGGCCAAAGACGAAGGCUCCACCGUCCAAUUGUGGACACAAUUAAAGCUUCAUGGCGUCUGUGAUUACAAUGAACAAGCCCGGAAAUUAGUCGGGAUUCAGGUAGGCGUGGAUAAUAUAAAUUAGUGAUUACUGUUUAGACCGAGCUGGAAGAAGUUGAAAGUGGCGAGAACUCGUACGAUUCGACCGAGGGCUUCCUCCAUUUGGUGAAGUCGUUGUUCUCCAGGAAGAAUCUCACUCAGACCGACUUAAAAACGAUCGUUCCUUAUGUUAAGUUUACGAUCAAAAGUGUGAUCUGUCAAUAUGAUCAACGAGGAUACAAGAAUAAACUUCAAAUGGUAAGAAUUUAUCCUUUAGGUUUUGGAAUUUGCAAUUUUAAGACUUGAUGGUGACACUUUAUACGAUGAAAUAUGUUUUAUAAUUUUUUGGUAUUUUAGUGGAAUAUGGUCUCAACUGCUUUGGAUGCUCUGUUUGAACUGCUAAGAAGAUUCCAUAUAUCGUCAGUGUCAGUUGCCCGGGAAGGCCCUCAGGUCUCUGUUCUCAGUCAACUUUUGCAUGACUCCGAUCUCAGCAGAGCGGUAGGUUUGAAAAUGUUUUUAAAAUGCUCAAUUUUCAAGGCAGCCAUCUUUAUUAUGUAAUUUCAGAUAUUGCGCAUCAUAUAUGAAUGCUCGAACACCCUGGAAGAAACGAUUACCAUCCUAAGUCGCGACGAUAAAAGCCCUCAAUAUCUGUUGGCGGAAGCCCGAAACGAAGCUGCUUUGUCAGCCCUGAGAUUACUUUCUCAUGCCUGUGCGGUCUAUCAGACUGUCAGAGCGGCGUUAAGGAUGGCCCCGGAGAACUCACGGAUCUUCAUAGUGUCUUUGGAAUCGAUACUUUUGACGCCGUUACCAACAAGUCCGGUCGUAAAUUAUGUCCAUAUCUUGAAUUCUUUCGUCGAACAGCAGGAUUCAAUGCUAAAAGUAAGCAUUAUUUUGUAGAGUUUUGCAGUCGGCGGAUAAAGAAUUUACCUGGGUCUUUUUCAGCACACAUUUUACGUUAUCAGAAUCCUCAGCGAACUCUGCGAACAGCUCACUGCGGAUGCGAACAGAACUCUCCUCGAAACUUUUAUUUCCUCUUCAAGAUUGGUCCCAAUCUUUGCCCGAUUAAUCUCAAUAACCGGGAAUGAAAUGAUCGUGGAUGACAAUGACUUGGUUCCCUUUGAUUUGGAGGAUGUCACCGAGCCGAGAUUGAGAGGAGAAAUCGCCAGAGACCUCCUGAAUAUCUACUCCAAGGUGCUGAUCGCCCAUCCAAGUGAAUGCAGUUUUGUCCAUUUGUUGUUUGGAUUCAACCUGAAGAAUAUUGAAGAGAGCGAUAUGAGCGUGAUUGGUAAGAAUUUUGAGGGUUUGGCAGUGAUUUUAGGCAUUAGGGUUGGCAAAAUUGUUUGGGUCGAUAAAUUGGUGAUAAUGGAGAUUAUUGAUGAUGAAAUUUGUUGAUUUUGUGGUUUUCAGGAGCCGAAGGAGCGACUCUCAACUCGACGGUCAGCUUGGUCGAAAUUCUGGAGCAUUUAGCGUUCAGUCCGAAGCCGGAGUCGGCUUCAUUUGUCAUUCUUUACGAAUCUGCACUUAGAGUUUUGGUGAGUAAAAAAGUUUUUAAAAUAAGAUUUUUUUUUUUCUGAGGUUGAUCCAAAUUCAACGAAUUUUAUAAAUAUUUAUCAGUUAAAAUUUCCUGUUUCCAGCUUAAAUUCGCCGCAGUUGGCUCGAUUUCGUCGAUCCCGAUGUUGAGUUUCCUCAGAAAUGGAUGCGACAAUUUAAUCCGCCGUUUGGCCAGGUCCAAAAUUUUCCUGGAAGUUCAAAAUGAGACUUUAAUCCAUCUCGAGGAACCAAUCUUCAAUUCCACAGCCAUCUCCCUCGAUCACACGACUCCCCGACUCAACAAAGUCAUCGAUCAGGAUACGGUAAUUGAAUCGCUGAAACGCCUGGCCAGAGGAUUGAUCCUGGAAUUGAUUGCGGUCGACUUCUCCGUGGCCAUGAACCUUGGCCACACGGACACGGGAAGAGAAUACCUCGAGAUUUUGUUGUCCAAUAAGGACUCGGAUCAAGCGGAACAUGGCCUUGUUUGGAGUCUGAUUUUGAAUUCGAUCAGUGCUUCCUUGGAAAUCCAUACUCCAAGGUACAACAAGUUCGAUAUGAGGAAAGUUGAUGAUGUAAGUGCAAUGCUUCUGAUUGUUUUAUAAAAAUUGGAUGAAUGUGGUACUAUUUGUUUAAUUUCAGGUCCUUGAUUUGUGCCUGAGGCGAUCUCCAAUCUCGGUCGAUCAGUAUGAUGUAGAAUAUGUGAGGUUUUUGCUAGAACAAGAACUGGCCGCCAUUGUGAACGAUGACGUCUCCGACUUCCAAGACGACGCCAACCAGAUCGUACUGUAUUGUGUCCAAUACAAUGCUCAGCGAAGGCUGGAAGGAUCGUGUGUUCAGCUUUUGUCGGGGUGGAUUGCUCUGGUCAACGCGAUUUUAUACUUCUCCCCGUUGCCAUUCAUCCCAAUAGAAACUCAACAACAGUUUUGCACGGACGCCCUUACAUUGCUGAAGGAAUAUGUGCAGAAAGUAGAAAUGAAUGAGGAGGUAGGAUAUCGUAGUAGAUGGAUAAUAUAGUCGGCUAAAUAUUUUUUGUAAAAAUGUUUUUGUUGAUUUGUGGUUGACUUUAAACAGACUGAUGAUUGAUCUUUUAGGUCCUUGGAGGAGUCUCCAACUGCUGCUUCGUCCUGGUCCGAGAGCUGGUCAAGUUUACCACAGUACAAUAUAGUUCAGAAGUGGAUAGGAAACUGGCCUUGGGCGAUGUUUUGAAUAUGCUGGUCUCUUGCGCUGUCUUGCCAAGUAAGAAAUUUGUUUUGAACUUUUGCUUUGUGGUUGGAGACAAUUUAUACGAUGGAAUUUGUCUAGACGCAUUUCAUCGUAUAAAAUGUCGCCUUCUAAAGGAUGAUGCAAAAGAAUGAUCGUAUUGUAUUUUGUAGGCCAGAUUGGGUAGUUAUUCAAUUGUUUUCAGCAUACAACCGACAUUCCCAGUUCAAAAUGAACAUUUAUUCAUCAAUCUUGUGUGUCAUCCAAAGCUGCACCGAAGAAACGUUUAAGAACGACAAAAAGCUGGUCGAUCAGUGGCAUGCGACCGGCCGUUUCCUGAAUGAACCCACAGAAUCACAAGCAGAUAAACAGACAUCUCUGAUUGGUCUGAUCAACGAGAAAUCUCGGGUGGAUGAGAUCUGGGUGGCCGUCUUCGAAGAGCACGCAGCAGCACUGGUCCAGUCCACGGCUGGAGACAUUGAAUUCGCCCCAUUCAAACACAAAGUCUUGGCCAUCUCCACGUUGUCGGAAAUGCUGAAAGAAGAUCGGUUUGGAAAGAAUUCAAUCGCGAAUCAUGUUGUCAGACUGGGUGUAGUCAAAACAUUGCUUGAUUUACUCCCAAGGAUCACUGAUUUGGACUUCAAAAGUGGAAAUGCAACAACAAACAGAGAUAAUCUCACUUUGUUCCAUGUAAUUUUGGUAAGUUUGAUGAUCUGGCGUCGUUUUAUACGAUGAAAAGUGUUUGGGGAUUUCUUCGUAUAAAAUGUCUCCGCGUGUGUUUAUAGUAAAGUUAAUGUCGUUUUAGUGCUUCCUGAUCCGCCUUACUAAUUCCACAACUGGCUUCAAGACCCUGGCCGAGUGUAAUGCCCUCCAUCGCAUCGCCAGUCUCACUCUUUGGCAGAACCCCCCUCGAGAUGUCUUUUUCUUGCCGGUAAAUGGAGAAAGCGAGAUCAAAAAUGGAACCCCACAGUUGUAUUUGAAGUGUGUUCGGUCCUUGUUCAGGCUAUGCGAAGCAGCGGCCUCUACAAUUUACAAGACCUCGGCUUUGGAUGGGGUAAAUUGAUAUAGGAAUGAGUAAAUGAAUGAAAAUUAUAGAUCGAGGAGUGCGUAUCAGUACAAACCGAACUUCUAAAUCAUCUGAAACGGCAAUGUGAGAACGAAAAAGACCAUCCACUCGUGAAAACAGCCCUAUUAUUACUGGAAUUUGUUCAUAAUUUGAGUAAGUUGUCAUGGAUAAUGUAAAAUCUUAUCGUUUAGAAGAAUCAUAUCGACAAGUCCCGACAACCAAUUAA